UUAUCAGUGAAUAUGGCGGACGCACUGAGCAUCAUUGGCACUGUCUUAUUACUUGUAACUGAGACAGUCUUGUCAAGCAAAGCCCGAAACGUUCUCAUACUAUUGGCGGACGAUGCUGGUUUCGAAAUUGGCGCUUACGAAAACAAGAUAUGUCAGACACCGAACAUAGACGAGUUGGCGCGGCGGAGCGUCAUCUUCAACUACGCAUUUACCUCCGUUAGCAGUUGCUCGCCAAGCCGAGCCGCGCUCCUGACGGGCACACCAAGCCACCAGAACGGCAUGUACGGCCUGCAUCAUGGCGUGCACCACUUCAACUCAUUCGACAAUAUCUCCAGCGUACCAAACGUGUUGCGUGACCACGGUGUCUUUACUGGUAUAAUAGGCAAGAAGCAUGUAGGCCCCGACAGCGUCUACCGGUUCGACUUCGAGCAGACGGAGGAGAACAACCACAUUAACCAAGUUGGUCGCAAUAUCACGCACAUCAAACUGCUGGUCAGGCAGUUCUUGCAGCAAGCCAAUCAACAAAACAAAUCCUUCUUCCUGUACGUGGCUUUCCACGACCCACACCGAUGCGGGCACUACGAGCCGCAGUUCGGCGCGUUCUGCGAGCGGUUCGGCUCGGGCGAGCCCGGCAUGGGGCGCAUCCCCGACUGGCAGCCCUGGUACUACCAGUGGCAGCAAGUGCAGCUGCCCUACCACGUGCAGGACACCGAGCCGGCGCGCAGGGACGUCGCCGCUCAAUACACUACCAUGUCCAGACUCGAUCAAGGAGUGGGCCUGGUGCUGCGCGAGCUGGAGGCGGCGGGGCGCGCCGGGGAUACGCUGGUGGCGUUCAGCUCCGACAACGGCAUUCCGUUUCCCUCGGGGCGCACCAACCUGUACGAGGCGGGGCUGCGGGUGCCUCUGCUGCUGGCGUCGCCCGAGGCCGGCGCGCGCCGCGGACAGGUCUCUGCUGCCCUCGUCAGCCUGCUGGACCUGGCCCCCACGGUGCUCGAGUGGCUCGGCGUGGCCAGCCCGAGCCUCGAACUGGACAACGAAGUCUUCCGCCCUGAUACUCCGCGGAGUUUGCUUUCAAUCUUGGAAAAAGAGCCCCCACUGUCGGAGGACGAGGCGGUGUUCGCGUCGCAGACUCACCACGAGGUCACCAUGUACUACCCGAUGCGCGCCGUGCGCACGCGCCGUUACAAACUGAUUCACAACCUCAACUAUGGCAUGCCUUUUCCUAUCGAUCAGGACCUCUACGUAUCACCCACCUUCCAGGACAUUCUGAACCGCACGCGCAACAAGCAGCCGCUGCCGUGGUACAAGACGCUCGGGCAAUACUACUACAGGCCCGAGUGGGAGCUGUUCGACCUGCGCCGCGACCCCGCCGAGACUGUCAACCUGCACGGCAAGCCGGCGCUGCGGCAGCGGGAGGCGGCGCUGGCGGCGCGGCUGCGGCGCUGGCAGCGCGCCUCGCGCGACCCCUGGCUGUGCGCGCCCGACGGCGUGCUGCUGCCCGGCGCGCGCUGCGGGUCGCUGCUGCCCGACGCGUUGCACUGAGACGCCUGGAUCGCUCUUCUAACUUCUGCCCUUAUUCUAUCCCUUCCUAUUUUUUCAUCACAACGUUGCUACCUACACGAAUACAAUUGGGUCUGGAUGUUUCGUGAACCGGCGCUGUUCCACAAAAUGCGCCCGUAAUCUCGUUCGAUGUAACUAUUCGACGAUAUGCUUAUGUAGCGUUGAGCCCUGUUAUUAUCAAGAAUUGAACUAGCCGAGCGUUCGGUUUGGAAAACCGACGAAGGUUUGUUCCUCAACGAGCAGUUCCUCUCGCUUGGUGCACCACGAUAACGUUGGCCGGACCACCGUGUGAUUUUUACACAUGAUGUGGCGAUGUUUCACGAAUUGCCCAGGCGAAUCAUGUAUUUUGCGAUCGCUUAAAUAUUGGAUAAGCAACUAUUUGUUCGCAUCUAAACCGCUUAUAAAGGUAUGUCGGCCGUGACCAUAGGACCUGUGAAGAGCCCGAAACGGUCAAUUUUUUUGAAAAAAGAAAUACACGCGAUUUAAAUCCGAAAAACUAGUUUCGUUUUGUCUUUAUCUUAUUCAUCUUCCUAAGUAGGUAUAUCCAAGAUCCAACUCCGCGAAGCACAGCAUUGACAGACACGUGAUAUGGCUCACAACAAUGUAAUACUGAAAGUUUGUGCUGUUAGUACUUAAAGACCGCAAUUGCAGUCUCAAUAACUUUAGUACUGCAGAGAAACCAAAUGUGCCGCAAUACAGUACAAGUCAGCUGAUGUUCUUAAAAUAAAAUAAUUGUUAUCCUUCACUGCUUUGCUUUAUUUGUGUAACAUAUGAACUUCAAUAUAAAUUAACAGUUUUAAUUCGGCUACCGCACAGUGUAUAACAAAUAAAUCCCAAUUUUGUGACCUGCCAGAUUCCUGUAGUUUGAAGUUCUAACUUUGAACCAAUACGAAUGCAAAAGUAGAACAACGGUGUGACAAAUAUGUAUGUGUAGUUUAUUUCAUUUUUUUGAAAAUGAAUUAAUUUUCUACGGAAAAGUUUAAAAAAAUCAUAAUUUAUGAUUUUUUAAAAUUAUAAGCCAACCGACUUGAGUCUCAUUUACAUCUUAUCAGGCGACCGUCGCUUGCUAGGAGAAGGCGGCAAACGACCCGGUGUCGACUCGGUGAGUCGUUUGUAUAGAAACACCAUACGAGUGUGCGAUGUAUUCCUAGAUUUGGAAACAGUUAUUUGCU